AUGAACUGUUUUUCUCAAUCGAAGCUGUUAUACCAGUUUUUGAAGGUUGGUUAUGUUUCUCUGUGUAAUCCUUGUGUUUUAGCAUUAGCGAAUAGCUUUUCUUUGGAAUUUAGUAAAUAUUUCAGCAUACCUUAUAUUGGAACGAUCUUAUGUACGUGGUUAGGUCUUGAAGUAAAAACAAAACCACAAUCUGGUUUCUUUAGUUAUGGAUAUAAUCGUUUUUCAUAUUCAACACCAAAAUAUGUUCAAUCUAUCUGUGAGAAUUACAUCGAGAUAAUGCCUUCAUCAAUAAAACUGCUCUUGGAUUAUUCAGCCCAUCUAUAUGAAGCACGUAAAUAUUUUGAAGCCUUACGCGAACAAAAGCCUGGUUUUAGUGAUUUUCUAUCACGUUGUUCACAUACCAACUUCAGUAAACGUUUGGAUUUGUGGCAUUUCCUGGAAUGUCCCAAAACCAGAUUGACUAGAUAUCCUUUAUUACUAGAUCGAUUGAUUAAAUUGACGCCCUCAACUGACCCAGAACUUAACCAUUUACUCGUUGUUCGAUCUGCUUUUACCUGUAUAGCUGAAGAGUUAAACCGUCGAAUUGGUGAAGCUAUGCGUAAUUUUUACUUGGAGUACAUAGAAUUUCAUGGUAAUUUGGAAUUACAGUACAAAGAUAUGAUAUGUCAUCAAAAAUCACUAUUACUGAGAGGCAAUCUACAUACUGGUAUUGGAGAAGUUACCGUUUUUAUUUUUCCCCAAUUAAUGCUUAUAACUGCAAGUACUGGACCUGAUAGAAAUACUCGAUUAAUAUCACAUUGUUAUCCUGGUAAAUUAUCACGUCAAACCACCAAUCUGCGUGGUACUACUUCAUCUAAAAACUCACCAACUUUACCUAUCUCUGCACUACCAUCUAUAAUAUCCUCUAUGAGAACAAGCGUUUGUAGUCAUCGAUGGUCUUUGUUAUCCAUUUUGAAAAGUCCACCUAAUUCAGAAAAUUCUAUGAAUACAUCGUUUAACUCAGGUAAUCGACCGUCUAAAUAUACACGAUUAUUUCGACGUUUGUCAUCAAUUAUAACAAUGUCCUCCUCCUCCUCAUCAUCAUCAUGGACAAGGUCAGAAGUUUCCAAACUUAUAACAACAGCGUCUUUCACACCAGCCCAUGAAACUGUCAGUCUUGAACGAUUUCACAUCUGCUAUCCACCUAUAAUAUUAAAAGAUUAUGUUUUGGAAAAUGUAACUGAUGAUAAUAUUCCUUCAAGUGUAUUGAAAUUUCCUUUUUCCAUAGAAAAAACUCAUCAAAAUGUAUUCAAACUUUCUUAUUAUGAUUAUUGUGUAAAACGGAAAUCCGGAAAAACUGCAAUGAAACAAUCGAAUUUAUUAUAUUCAUGUAAAAAAAUUCUCUCGAAAACAUCUCGUGAAAUAAACUGGUUUUCAUCGUCACCGUCGCUUUCACAAAAAUCCAACAAAACAUUAUUUAAAGAAUUUCUCUUUGAAGCAUCUAGUUUAGAGGAUAAAAAAUUCUGGUUAUCUACACUGGCACCACUUGUACGCAGUUAUCAUCGAAGUUAA